GUAAGGCAGUCCUGUGCUACUUCUGAGUUAUUGCUAGCCGACGGUAGUACCAGGCGGACUACUUGUAUGUUGCCGUGCCGUCGUGUGUUACUUUCUGGGCGUUAACGGGAGCUCAGUGUGUCGUCGUUGGUGUGAUGGAACUGGACAAAAUGGACGAGAACGAGUGGAAGUAUCACGGCGAGGGGAACAAGAGCCUGGUGGUCUCACACGUACAGCUUUCCAGAGUUCUACGCCUGCUCAAGUAUCCAGCCGAGGACUCAGAAAACCCACCACAGACGGUGGAGCAGGCCUUCAGACAGGUUCAGAACAUUGUUGACUUCAGCUCCAACGUGAUGAGCAGCCUGCUGGGAGAGAAGUUCAUCCACAGCGGGGAAGUGGUCAAACUGCCGCUAGAGUUUGUGCGACAGCUGUCAAUCAAAGUUCAACAUCAAAGACCAGGCUGGCGCUGUGAUAAGGUGAUGGACAUCUACAGCGGCUGUGCGCUCUGUCUGCCCAACCUGACGUCUCCAGGGCUCCACCAGCCACACACUCCUCCACUCUGCAUCGAGAUCAAGCCUAAAUGUGGCUUCCUGCCGUACUCCAAACACGUCAGCAGAGAUAUCAAGACCAAAGUUUGCCGCUUCUGCUUGCACCAACACUACAAGGUGGCCAUUGGGAAGUGGAAGAGCCGCAGUCUGUACUGUCCUCUAGACCUGUUCUCAGGGAACAGACAGAGAAUGCACUUUGCCAUCAGACACCUGAUAGAAGAACCGCAGAACAACUUCAAAAUAUUCAAGGGCGGUCAGUGUGUCUACAGCAGUAAGGAAGGCAGUGACGACUCGAUGGACCUGAACUCUCUGCUGCAUCAUCUCAGACCGUACUUCUUGUACGGAAACAACAGAAUCAACAGUCACAUGACCAGCAAAGCUCUUCUGAACGACUUCAUCCAGGUCUUGGUGAACGCCCUGCUGAGUGGUGGAGGAGGAGACGGAGGGGUGACGGACAGACGAGAAGGACGGAGCUUCUGUGAAGCGAGUCUGUUCAACAAGGAGAGGAUUCGCCACGGCUCUCAGGGUUUACCCAGCGACAGCGUUUUGUACAGGAUUCGUCAGACUCAGAUGUUGGACACUCAGGACAUCGAAGGACUUUACCCUCUGUACCGCCGAGUAGAGCAGCACCUACAAGACUUCCCCAAGGAGAGAACUCGUCUUCAGAUGGACGGGCCGUACAACGAGGCCUUCCUGGAGAAGCUGCAAAAAUGUCCGACUGAGGACGACGGCUCCGUGGAGUUCGCUGUUGCCAAGGUCCAUCAGUACCGCGUCGCCAUGACAGCGAAGGACUGCUCCAUUAUGGUUGCCCUGGUGCCCAGCAGUGAGGAAGAAGAGGAUGAUGAAGGUCAGAGGCAGCUCAGGGACUUCCUCUCCCCCAGACCUCCUGCUUUCUCUUACUCGGUCUCCAUCUUGGAUCUGGAUCCGAAGCCGUUCGACAGCAUCCCCCGUCAGCUGCGUCUGGACCAGAGGAUCGUCUCGUGCUACCAGAGGACUGGCGCUGCCUUGCCAAAAGGCUCUCUGCCGCCGCACUCUGGCAUCUUCACUGCUGCGGAGAGGGAGGACUGCACGCUGCUCUUCCACCCCGUGUGAACGCCUAAUAAGAGCCGGACGACCCUGAAGACGAACUGACCGCUGCUUCGUGUUGAUGCAGAAUCACUUCAGACCAGAGCUGUUCAUCCGAAUCUAUACAGCAUCACUUUCUCUUCACUCGGCUCACGUCAAGCAAAAUUUAAAUAUCCAGGAAGUCACCACUAACUCGGACGUUUUAAGCGACUUCCAGAUAU